AUCUACAGCGAAUAAAAGCAAUGCCCUUUGAUUGUUGUGAAGUUAUAGUCAGUCCUGAAAUCAUGUAAUAUAUCAAACCAGAUCGUAUAAUUAAGGUUGAUCCUAUUAGACUGACUAGCAGGAAAACAGUAUGCUCCGAUGAAGAUCCGGAUUACCAGAGAAUGGUUUUUGAUGAGUUAAAAUCGUUGUUCCAGCCGCAAAAAAGAACCAACGAUGACCUCAUCGACAGAUUAAGUCACCAUUGGACCGUUUUAAUACUCGCCAUCUUUGUAAUCAUCAUCUCUACCAGCCAAUAUGCCGGUGAUCCAAUACACUGUUGGUGUCCAGCUGAAUUCUCAGAGGCAUAUGUGGAUUAUGCCGAAGCUGCAUGUUGGGUAGAGAAUACAUAUUAUAUACCAAUAGACGAAACAGUACCUGUUGAUCCUGGCCCAAGAAAGAAUGCCCAGAUUCAGUAUUACCAAUGGGUGCCAAUAAUACUGGCGUUCCAGGCAUUUUUGUUCAAACUACCCAACAUUAUCUGGAAAAUGCUACAUGAAUAUUCUGGCAUUAAUAUAGACAAGGUAGUGAAACUAGCCGACAACACAGCAGUGGUAUCCACAAAGGACAGAGAGGAAACCAUAAAUAAUUUGGCGUACUAUGUUACACGCUGGCUCGACAAUUCCAAACAACAAAGGCGAGCAAAAAUGAUCAAAGGAAAAUACAGUGUUAUUAAAUGGUGCUUCUGGAACAAACAUUCUGGAAGGUGUUUAACUUUCUUUUACUUGUUUACUAAAUUGCUGUACUUACUCAACGUGGUUGGGCAGUUCUUUUUAUUAAGCGCCUUCGUGGGUUACCCGUUCCAUAGGCUUGGAAUUGAUUUCGCUUCCAAAGCAAUCACCGAGUCUAGCUUUAGUGGUAUUACAAAAUUUCCACGAACUACUCUGUGUGAUUUUAAGAUUCGGCAGCUGUCAAAUGUCCAAACAUGGACAGUUCAAUGUGUAUUGUCCAUUAAUUUAUUCAACGAAAGAAUUUUUUUAUCUAUUUGGUUUAUCCUGGUUGUGAUAUCGUUGUGCAUAAUCUGUGGUCUCUUAAGGUGGAUUUUUGAUACGUUUUAUAUGAAAACCAAAGAAUCGUUUGUAAAGAGUUACAUGGAGACUCUAGAACACAUAAAUGACGACGAAGAUAAGAAGCUCCUUAAGAGGUUUCUCUCUAGUUUCCUGGGUUUUGAUGGCCUUUUUAUUCUAAGGAUCGUGUCACAGAAUUCUUCCGACAUCUUUGCUGGAGAUCUAACCCUGAGACUUUGGGAAAAAUAUAAACAUUCCCAGGAUGAUUUACCAAAUGCAGAUUUAGGCAUGGAUGAGAAAUCACUAUCUAAAAUGAGUGGCAUGGACAAUGUGUCAGAAGACAUGUAGAUCACUUUAAAGAAUUAGUUUGCUUGAUUACGAGGAUGCUUCUUAUUUAUAUGAUAUUAAUAUUUAAGAAUGGAAAUGAAAUAGGUUUAAGCGUCCUACAUUUUUUGCACCAACCGGCAUCAAGAGGGACGUUUAUGCCAAACAAUGGCGUUUCUAGAUCGAGUUCUAGUUAAGGUGGAGGUUGAAGGCCGGUCAGAAUGUGGAAAAGUGGACCCGUAUCGAACUGAAAAAGCCAUAUCUCUAAAACCCAUCAGCCGAGGAAAAGUGUUUGGGACAUUCGUAAGCCCCAGUGGGAUUACUGCAUUAUAAAUGCUAUUCAUUUAUAAAGCCGUCUUUGUUGAUGGCAAUUUGAACAGACUUUGAAAUCCAAACAUGUUUAGCGAAUACACCUUUUAAUAUCUUGAAAUCUGGGAAAUACUUGUGUAGUGGCCCAAACAUUUCAUGAACCAGCAGAAAAACCGUUAGAGGAAACCCCAAUGUAAAAUUUUAAUUCAAUGCUUAGAUUGCUUACAGAUAAAUUUGCUUUAACAUAGGAAGUUAUUAUAGUUUUAAUACAAUUUUUUUAAAAAUAAA